AUGGCGGGUCUGGGCAAAACCACAUUGACCAAAAUGGUGUUCAAGGACCAGGAUUUGCGGUUAGAAUAUUUUCCUCGGCUUUGGGUUUAUGUUUCAAGAACUUUUAAUCGCAAGCAAAUAUUCUUGGACAUUCUAAGUAAUUUCAUAAAGAUAACCAAAGAGUUUCAUGAUAUGUCCGAGGAAAGCUUAGCACUAACAAUACAAGACGUUUUGGUGAGUGAAAAGUAUUUCAUUGUAAUGGAUGAUGUAUGGUCAAAGAAAGACUGGGACUAUUUGAAGAUUGCUUUUCCAAACAAUACAAAAGGGAGUAGAGUAUUGGUGACUACUCGACAUGAAAAGGUGGCGUUAUAUAUUGAUUCUACUUGUAUCCCUCACCAACUAAAAUUUUUGAGCAAUGAUGAAAGUUGGGAGUUAUUAGAAAAAUGUAUUUUUCGCAAAGAAAAAUGUGCUCCUCCGUUAGAAAAUCUUGGUAAGUGCAUAGCAAUAAAAUGCAACGGAUUGCCACUUGCUGUAAUCACAAUUGCAGCUGUCUUAGAUAAAAAUGGCACACUUGAUGAGUGGAAACAUGUAGCAGAAAAUCCCUUCCCAGUAAUUAACCAAGAAAACCAGAGUUACAAUGAACUGGUAAAGUUGAGUUAUGAUCAUUUACCUUUUCACUUGAAAGAUUGCUUCCUAUACCUUGCAGCUUUUCCUAUAGGACAUGAUAUUCCUGCAUGGAAAUUAAUUCGAUUGUGGAUAGCUGAAGGAUUCAUUCCAUUAAUGGAGGGUGAAUACUCCUCAGACUUGGAGCGCACAGCUGAGAAAUACUUGGAAGAUCUGGUUGAUAGAAAUCUUUUGAUGGUGUUACGUAGAAGAGCAGAUGGUCAAAUAAAAACAUGUCGGAUUCAUGACACACUGCACGAAUUUUGCAAAAAAGAAGCUGCGACCAAGAAUCUUUUUCAUGAAAUGGACCACAGAACUAAACUAGAUGUGAACGAAAUCCCACGCCGCCUUUGUGUCCACUCCUCCAUUUUGGAGUUCUUGAAAUCAGACAACAAGCCAUCUAGUGAACAUGUGAGAUCUUUCUUGUCUUAUUGCUCCAAAGAAGUAGAAAUUCCCAAUGAGUGCCGGGCUGCCAUUCCAAAAUCCUUUCCUCUUCUUAGAGUAAUGGAUGUUGAGUCCCUGAAAUUCAAACUCCUGCCUAAAGAACUCUAUAGCCUCUACCAUCUGAGAUUCCUUGCAGUGUCAACUGACCUGAAACUCCUCCCAGCAAGGCCCUUCAAUAAUCUCUGGAAUAUGCAGACUCUUGUGUUUAACUCCUCCCACAAUAGCCUUGAAGUUAAGGCAGAUAUAUGGAGCAUGUCUAAGCUAAGACAUGUCCAUAGCAACAGUUCCAUGGUGCUUCCCCCUCCUCCGAAAUCCAGCAAGAGAAGCGCCUCGGUAAGUACAGAUAUCAAGACGCUUUCCACCAUAUCGCCUUCGAGUUGCACAGGGGACAUUUUCGACAAGACCCCAGACCUUCAAAAGCUGGGAAUUCGCGGGAACCUAGCAGAGCUUAUGGAUGUCAAGCAAGGAGGAGUUAGUCUGUUUGACAAUCUUCAGAAGCUGGACCGCCUCGAAAAUCUGAAGCUCAUAAAUUAUGCUCUCCAGAGCAACAAACUGCGAAGCUUCCCUCGUGCUGAGAAGUUCCCGCGCAGGCUAAGGAAGAUGACUUUGUUCAACACUGCAUUCGAGUGGAAGGACUUGAGUGCUUUGGGGUCGUUGGAUGAGCUCGAGGUGUUAAAGCUGGAGGAUAAUGCGUUUAGAGGAGAGUUCUGUGAUGUAAGGAGCGUUGUGUUCAAACAACUGCAGUAUUUUCGCAUAGGAAGGACUGAUUUAGUAUCAUGGACAGCUUCGAAAGAUAGUUUUCCAGUACUAAAAUGUCUGUUCCUCAGAAACUGCACUAAGCUUGUUUCUGUUCCGGUUGAGUUUGGUGAAAUAGAGAGCCUUAAAUUGUUGGAAUUGUAUUGCACCAACAAGGGGGCAGUGAAAUCUGCUCAAAAAAUACAGGAGCUGAAAAGAGGUGUAAAUGGAGAUACCAAAAAGGGUGGAUUUCAGCUCUCUGUCUAUCUUCCUGAGCAGUGAGGUUUCCAUGGAGGAGAUAAAUUGUGUGUGGUUCCGUCAGUCCCUAGUGCAAAAAAGGUUUUCAUCAUCUGUGAUCGGUCCAUGUCUCUCAUUACAUCUCGAACAAAAUUUUAAGGUGAUUGGUCGAACCAAUUGAGCUAGCUCCACUUUAUUGCUCAAUUUAGUUAUCCUUAUGAGCAGUGAGGUUAGUUAAAAUUCUUUAAAUUAUAUUUCUCUUGUUUUGGUAUUUGCAUUUGUUUGUUUACUUUUCCAACUUGAUUGCACUAUUUUUUUUGGAUACAUUAGAUUUCCAUGGAGGAGAUAAAUCGCGAGUUUGUCUCAUCAGUCCCUAGUGCAAAAAGGGUUUCCAUCACCUCGAUCUGAUCAGUCAAGAUCUCUCGUUACAGUCCGAACAAAGUUUUAAGAUGAUUGGUCGAACCAAUUGAGCUAGCUCGCAAGGCUUGAUUGACUGAUUGUUCAAUUUAUGGAUGACUUUCUGAUUGUGAUUUCUACAGAAUGCUGAAAUAAGUGGGCAACGCGAAUUUGUUCCGACCAUUCCAUUCUGAUUGUGAUUUCCAAUUUGUGUGCAGAGUGCAUAUUCUUGUUACUGUCUUGCGAUUUGAGUUCGAUUUUGAUUUGUUUUGUUUGUUUUACCAUGGCUGGUUGUGGUUUUGGUUUUGGUUGUCUUGGCUUCUCAUUGAAUAUUACUCCGUAAACACUCAUUUUGGUGCUUUAAAAUAAAAUACGGAGUAAAUAAAUGU